AUGAAAGAUGAAUUACUCAUUUCAGAAUCUGGUUGUAUCAGCGCCGUAUGUCGUCAAGCAGAUUGUGGAUUGAAUGGCAAAUGCAUGGAAUUCAAUGAAACUCAUUAUGAAUGUGUUUGUAAUCUCUUCUACGACGGACCUCGCUGUAACAUAUUUAAACCUAUUGAACAUGCUGCCAAGUUUAAUGGGGAUGCUUUUAUCGAAUUAUCAGCUGAUGAGUUUCCUCACUUGACUUCGGAGAAAAACGAAAUCGUUCAGCUGCGCUUCAAAACAGAACAUCCAAAUGGAAUCAUCUUCUGGCAAGGACAACAACCAGAUGUCUCUGUUGUUGGGGAGGAUUACAUCUCAUUAGGAUUAACGAAUGGAUACUUACAUUACUCAUAUGAGUUGGGUGGGGGAGCUGCUAACAUGGUCUCUCCUAUACGACUUAAUGAUGGAAACAUGCACACAGUUCGAUUAGAAAGACGAGGCCGACGUGGUAUCUUACAAGUCGAUAACGAUCCUGCUCUUGUUGGUAUGAGCAGCGGAAUUCUUGCUAUGCUCAAUGCUGAAGGAAAUAUAUUCAUUGGUGGUGUUCCGGAUAUUCGGCAUUCGACCGGUGGUUUGCAUCAUCAAAACUUUGUCGGUUGCAUAGCUGAUGUUGCUUUGAAUGGUGAAAAAGUUGAUUUGAUGGGUACCGCCAUAGAUGGUAAGAACGUGAGGCCAUGUGAAGAAUGGAUAUCUCCAAAGAGAUGGCUGAAACUAAGAAGACGAACGUAA